AUGCCGUAUCUUAAUUCUAGCGCACUUUUUGAGAAAGAUAGGAUAUCUCAAGUACAUGCUCCUAGGUUUCUAGGUUCUUUAAAUUCCCAGAACCCUACCACAAGUACACAAUGUUUUAAAAUGUUUGAUAAAGCUUCUAGAUUUUUUAUUGUUAAACGUAACUGGAAACUAUCUAGAUUAACGAAUGAUUCCUCUGUUAAUAGUUUUAAUAAUUUAACCAGCACUGACCGAGAUUCAAUAAGUGGGCAAAUCGUUUUGGAUAGAUUUGAUAAACUUUAUGCAAGUAGUCCAAUGCCUAAACUGGUAAAUGAAGCGUAUUUUAAGUUAUCGAAUUCUUUUCCUCAUGGUUCAUUGACAAUGGAGUCCUCUGAUGUUUUAAAAACUAGAUUUUCGUUAGGUAUAUCUGAAAGUUUUUUUCAAAAUCCUUGUCUAUUACAACAAAAGAAAAUAGCAUACAAUGGUGAAAUUAUUAAAAAACACUCUAAAAGUUCUGUUUUUUCUUCAGGUUUAAAAAAAUAUGAUAAUUCAUGUGAUUUAUCAAGAAAAAAAUCUUUAAAACGUAUAUCUCAAAAUAUGUUAAAUUUAAAUAUUCAAAAAUUUAAUAACCAGCUGAAUUCUUUGAUAAAACCUGAUUAUUUUUCUUCAAAAAAAAGAGAGAAUGUAAAAUGUUUAAAUACUUUGGUUUCUGAUGAAAGCGAUAAAUUUAUUUCUACUAAUGAAUCUUUUGGUGACGUUUUAAAAGUAAAUAAAACAAAAUGCUCUCCAGUUAAAGAAAUUCCAAAUAAAUAUGAUCUUACAAUAAAAAAUGAUUUUCAUGUAUUUUUUUCUAGAUUCUCUAAAUGCGAUACUAAAAUACAGCGUUCGUGCAUCACGGAUGAGUGUAGGAAUUUGUUUUCUCCUUUGAACUCUGAUAGUUCAUCUACAAAGGGUUUAUGUGGUGAUAAUAAAGAUAAUGAAUUAAAUGAAACAUAUUAUAAAAAAAAAAAGAAAAUCAAUGGGAAGAAUUUUGAUAAACCUCUAACAAAAAGGACUCGAUUUUCUUUAACUGAGAAUGAAUUGAAAAAUCUUUCUAUUUUUGGGGGUUAUAUUUCUCAAGAGAAAUUAAAAAGAAAGAGACGUCCACCGGGAAAAUGGUGGCUUGUAAGUUCAAAUUGUUCAUAUGGUUCUUUAGAAAGAGGUAAUACAUCUCCAAUGUCAAAGAGUAAAAACAAGAAGUCUACUUUGCGACUUGUUAAAAAUAAGAGUGAUAAUAAACGUUCUGGCGAUUCAAGGUUAAUAGUAAAUCUUAAACAUACGACGAAUUUAUACGAUUUUUCUGAUUAA